AUGGAUAGCUCUAAAGACGGCGCUACGGGGCGGGUGUUUGGUGAGAAGCUGGCAGACAAGAUCCCAACCAUACCAGAGUCAUCACCACUACCAGGCCAGCUUAGCGUUGAUACCCAUUCUGCUGUUCGCAAUAAAACUUCCGAUUCAACCCUCUCGCGUUCAGACGGCCAGACAGCGGAAGAGAUCGCACACUCCCAACACUCCGCCUUACGAUCUCUACCUGCCUGGAUUCGAUCGGUCGAUGAGCCCGAGGAGGACGGAGAUGAAGCUACGGCAACUGAUCGCUUACUCCCUUCUCAGCCAAAUGGCGCAUUUGUCGCUCAGCACAACCAUUCGCCCUACGCAUCCUCCAAGACUAAACCUAAUCACACCAACGGCCUGUUUGAGGAUGAAUCGCCCUUUGUCAACCGUGAAUCGCGUUGGAUAACAUUCUCACGAACCAUCCAAUACCCUCGAGAGACCGGUAGAGAGCAGCAACAUGUGACGCCAGAAUGGUUGAAUGAGAAUCACGGUGAUUACUUGCGACCAUGGCGAGGAAAGCAUUUGGAGGGCGAUAGUCCGGAGUAUCCGCUACACAGUGGAGGCCGAAGGGAGAUUUGGUUCAAGCGUUUCAAGAACACACUUCUGCGAAGCCCGAUGGUACCCAUGAUUCUUCGGAUGACUGUUUGGAGCUUCUCGCUUUCUGCGCUGGCUCUGGGUGGGUCAAUUCAGCACCUAGCUGAUGAAGGGCAUCGCUCUCAAGGCCCAUCUGCAUUGAUGGCAAUCAUCGUCGAUGCAGUCGCCCUGGUUUACCUGUUAUACAUUACUUUCGAUGAAUACACGUCCAAGCCGUUGGGUCUGCGCUCUGCCUCGGCUAAAGCACGUCUCAUCCUCUUAGAUAUCUUCUUUAUCGUCUUCGACUCCGCCAAUCUAAGUUUGGCAUUCUUUUCACUUACCGAGGUGACGGGAGCCUGCACUGAAGCAGAGGUCAACCAAAAGAUCAAUCCUCAAAAUAAUCAUAUAUGUGUGCGACAAAAGGCACUUGCUUCUGUACUCCUCGUGGCGCUUUUGGCUUGGCUCAUGACUUUUUCAAUCAGUGUUCUCAGGCUUGUCGAAAGAGUGGCACAGUGA